UUCUUGAAACAUAUCUGACGACGCAGUAUGCGGCUCCAAACAGAGCAAUAACACUUUGGGACAACAAAAAAGAUAAUCCACUCCAUACAUUCCAAAGAUCCGCGCAGAUGCAAGCGAACGACCCACCAUCGAUCCGAUAAAGCAGCGAACCAGAUCCGGGCAUAGCCAAUUUAAAGGUCGCCGGUGGAGCGGGAAAAGUGGUUAGCAGUUGGCCCAUUUCACACAGGAACGGAACGAGCCCGAGUCCAGUCCAGUCUAGACCAUCCCGCAGAAGAGAGUCGUUUUCCAAUCGUUAACAUGCUGUCGCGCCUGCAGGACUUCUUGUCACGCCACCGGCGGAAAUUCAUAGUGACCGGCGUUCUGGUGGGCGGUACCAUCUACGCGGCACGUUACGCCCAGCGGCGUUUCGUGGAGUUCCAGGAGAAGCAAGCAAGAGAGUUCUUCGAGAGGACGCGGCGAAUGACCCACUUCGAGUCCACGGAGAAGACCUGCAACCAGGUGAUCCUCGGUAUGGGCGAGGAGAUGUGCCAGGCGGUCCUCAGGGAGUGCAGCACGGACGAGCUGCUCGAGCAGCUGCGCCAGAAUCCCAAGAACAAGCUGGAACUCUGGGAGGACAUGAAGAUCGUGGCCUUCACAAGACUGGCCACAUACGUCUACGCCUCCUCCAUGCUGGUUAUUGCACUGAGAGUACAGCUGAACCUCCUCGGUGGCUAUAUCUACCGAGACAUCAUGACGGAGCAGAAACAAAUCACAGACGAACUGAAGCAGCAGUAUCUCUCGCUCAUCCGACACUUCAUCACGGAUUCCGGAAUUCGGGACCUGGCGCGAUAUAUUCGCACCCAGGUCAUUGCCGUCAUAAAGGCCAUGCCGCUGACUCAGCAGCUGUCCCUCAAUGACUUGGAGCAGCUCUUUUGGUCCCUGCAAAUGGCCAUCAACGCGGACACUCGUCGAGACCCCAACUCCCGGAUGAGCAAGUACUUGCUGCCCAGCCAGAAUCCCAGCCAUUCGCCGCUGCUUCAAAAGAUGUUCAACGAGACGCUGGAUCUGCUGGAGAGCGAGGAUGCCAUUGGUGUGUGCUCGCACAAUGUGAGCCGGGGGUUCGUCCUGGCCUGCGAUGCUAUAGCAGAAUCCAUGGGGGAGACACUACAGCACCUGCCGGCAGCUGAAGUGCAAACUCAACAGGAGCAGUCCCUCAAGUUCAACCAGGCAGGAACCUCAAGCGGGAGCAGUUCGAAGAGCCAAAAUUUGGAGAACAACAACUUGCUGAACAUCAACCGGGUGCUGAUGGCGCUGGCCAAACUCAUUCCAAUCAUCAGUGGCCUCACCUCAAGGGGUUUCGACAGCACUUCGCGACCCCACAACCUGCCCACCCAGCUGCUCACAUUUUACGUGGUCGCCGAGAAGACAAAGACGCUGGGGGCCAACGUCUACGAAAGCUUCAGCUCCGCUUAGGAGAUCGACAAAACUUGGAUUAUGCACCCGUGCAUAGGCUAGGCUAAGUCAUUUGGAAGAUUAUAGUUUAUAUACUUGUAUAUUUUAAAUACGAUCAUAAUUCUCCGAAGCGUUGUUUGUAUGUCUGCUUGAACCCAACCCGUAUUAAGUUUAGCUCCUAAGAAUAUUUAAUCGAAAGCGAGUGUAAGGUAUGCUUAAGCAGAUUCCCCUAUUGAGUCCACGGGGAGUCCUUCAAGACAGGGACACAAAUCGAGUAACGUGAAGGCCUUUUAAAAUAACUGGAGAGUGUAAUAUGUGCUUAGGAUAAACAAAAAAUGAGAUGUGGUUUUCAUAAAAACGACCUGAGGGUUACUGGUACCGAAAAUAAAUUGAAGAAUAAAUUAAUUGUGUAAUUCUGAAACCUUUAUUAAAAAAUCUAUCCAAGUGAAGAAAAAUUAGCGUAAGUAAAUUUCUAUAUUUUGGAAUCUCUUAGAAUUUUUCAUAAUUGGCAACUAAAUAAAUUAUUCAUUUCUUUUUUAAA